UUUAUCAUAAUUGAAGAAAAAUGAUGGAAGAGAGUGGAAUAGAGACAACACCACCUGGGACUCCUCCACCAAAUUCAGCGGGACUGGCUGUCGCUGCCACAGCAGCACAGCCGUCUUCCCCCCCAGCCCCUUUAGCUGCAGCCAGCACUUUCUCUUCUCCAAGCGUGUCCUCUGUGCAGCCCCUGCCGCCACACACGUUCUCCACCCCUCAGCAGUCCCUGCCUCCUGUGAGGCCUUCACCACCCUUGCCCUUUGUGCCUCCUUCACCGGUUCCUUCUGGUCCUCCACUCAUUACCUCUUUACCACCUCAUGUUUCUCCACCAACUGCUGCUGCCUUCAGUAACCCUCCUUUAUCCCACUUCCCACCUUCCACUUCUGCCCCAAACACUCUCUUAUCUGCCCCCGCUUCGGGCCCUCCCACAUCAGGAUUCUCUGUCGGCUCAGCCUAUGACAUUACACGAGGACAUGCAGGAAGAGCUCCCCAGACACCCCUGAUGCCGUCUUUUUCUGCACCUCCGGUGACAGGUAUUUUGCCAACUCCCAUUACUCAGCAAGCUGGUUUGACGUCUCUGGCACAGGGAACUGGAACCACAUCAGCCAUAACUUUUCCAGAGCAGCCGGAAGAUCCUAGAAUUGGUAGAGGGCAGGAUGAAGCAUCUGCUGGUGGACUCUGGGGUUUUAUUAAGGGUGUGGCUGGGAACCCUAUGGUGAAAUCUGUGCUUGAUAAAACAAAACAUUCAGUAGAAAGCAUGAUUACAACGCUGGACCCUGGCAUGGCUCCAUAUAUCAAAUCUGGAGGUGAACUGGACAUUGUAGUGACCUCAAAUAAAGAAGUAAAAGUUGCUGCUGUCCGAGAUGCCUUCCAGGAGGUCUUUGGCUUAGCUGUGGUGAUAGGGGAAGCUGGGCAGUCCAGCAUUGCCCCACAACCAGUGGGCUAUGCAGCUGGAUUAAAAGGUGCCCAGGAACGGAUAGAUAGCUUGCGUCGAACUGGAGUGAUCCAUGAAAAACAGACUGCUGUGUCAGUAGAAAACUUCAUUGCAGAAUUGCUUCCUGACAAAUGGUUUGACAUUGGCUGUCUGAUAGUUGAAGACCCUGUGCAUGGUAUUCAUCUAGAAGCAUUUACACAAGCCACACCAGUACCCUUGGAAUUUGUACAACAGGCUCAAAGUCUAACUCCCCAGGACUACAGUCUGAGGUGGUCGGGCCUUUUGGUGACAGUGGGCGAAGUCCUGGAGAAGAGCUUACUCAAUGUCAGCCGGACUGAUUGGCACGUGACUUUCACUGGCAUGUCUCGUCGGCAGAUGAUCUACAGUGCAGCCAAAGCGGUAGCAGGCAUGUAUAAACAGCGCCUGUCCCCCAGGACCAUGUGAGAAGGCUGGCCUGGGAUACUGACACUUGCUAACUUUGAGCUGCUAGUGGAGAAGAGACAGUCCCUUCUUAAACUGGACAACUUCAGUCAGUCCAGCUGUUUUGAUCAUUUUCCUGUAGGCUGCAGUUGUUUUCUUAGAAAGGCAUGGUGUCAUUCCAGUAGAUGAAAAGAAACAGAUCCUUUUUCUGAUUAUAUAAUUGCACGUACCAGUAGUUCUCAAAAAAUAUAUAAAUAUUUUUAUAGGACAGUUUGAUACAUCAGAUUUAUAAGGUGCAAAUUCAUGUGCUAAGAUAUUUAACUUAAUGAUAUGUACUUGAUUAUUUUGUUUUUUAAGAAAUAGUUGACUAAAGAACAUGUUUACCGAACACUGUUUAAAAGCA